UUUCCGGGCAAGAGAGGGGCAGCCGUCGAGAUAUAUACAUCCUGCGUACGCGCAGACCUGUAGUGUAGGCUCACUCCUCAAGAUGAGAGCUCUCACAUACACGCUACUGUUAUUGGCCUUCGCGGCUGCGUUAGCAGUCCCCGUCCCCCAGGAUGUAGCAGAGGCGACCAGAGAGAAGCGCUCUCCGGGCGGCUGGCACCAACCCGAGGGUGUGUGGAAGAAGAAGCUCGUUUGGAAGGAGGAAUGGAAGCAAAUCUGGAAGACCGAGAAAAAACUAGCCUGGAAAACUGAGUGGAAAAAAGAAAAAGAACCAGCGUGGAAAACUGAAAAAGUACAACAAUGGAAAGAAGAACAGGUGCCCGCUUGGAAAGUAGUACAAAAACCAAUCUGGAAGGAAGUACAAGUACCUAUCUGGAAGGAGGUUCAAGUACCAGACUGGAAGAAGGUUUACAAACCAGUAUGGAAAGAAUUCAAAGUGCCAGUGACCAAGACUGUUCAAGUUCCCGAAUGGAAACAAAAUUACGUCCCGGAAUGGGUGAAGGAAGGCGUUCCCGGUGAAAAAUUCUUAGGCAAAGAUGACCAUGGAUGGGAAUAUACCAGCCACGAUUUAUGGCGAAAAAAGAUGAUCUGGAAACCCGUAUGGAAGAAAGUAUGGAGAACUGAGCACAAGCAAGAAUGGGUAACGGAAAAGAAAUUAGAAUGGAAAGAAGAAUGGAAACAGAUCUGGCGAACUGAGAAGAAGCAAGCGUGGGUGACGGAGAAAAAGCAGGAAUGGAUAGAAGAGAAGGUACAAAUAUGGAAGACGGUGAAGAAAGAAAUCUGGGUGCCAGUACAAAAGAAGAUCUGGGUAGAGAAGUGGAAACAGCUACAGGUACCGGUAUGGAAGACUGUUGAGGUUCCAGCGUGGAAAAAGGUAUGGAAACCAGUCUGGCAGAAAGAGUGGGUGCCGAUCCACCACGAGCAUCACGGAUGGGACUAAUUAGGUAACCACUUUCUUUUCAUUUCAUUACCAUAUUAUAAUAAUGAUUGUAGAUAAAGAUACUGUAGAUACUUUCGAUAGUAUUUCAUAUCUCGCUACGAUCAUUGCCAGUCUUAAUAUGGUAGUGCAACGAGGGUUUAGACAAAAGGAUAGACCAUAGGAGUAACUUUAUGUACCUAUAAUCUAUUUUUGUCUUAUGGUCUAACGGCUGAAACACAUUUGUAUAUAUGGAAUACCAUUUUGUAGUUUCGUCGGUCUUUUUGCCUUCCAUUUUAGUCACUUUGUUAGCUAUUGUUACCAGUUACCAAUUGUAAAUAUGCUAUUAUAGUACUCAAAGGGAUGUUGUAGCGGUAGUUUUCCAAAACUGUAGUGUUAUGACUACGAUUUAAAGCCAAAUCUUCUCAAUUUGCCAGAAAACCCUGAAAACUUUUGACACCGUAUGGGAUGUAUCUUUAUAGGGAACACCUAAAGUGCAGUUGUAGGUCGAGUAGAAUUUCAUCUAUAGGGUAUUUGACUACUAGUCAAAUCAGUUUCUUUUUUCGAACUGUCAAAACAAUUUUGCUACUAUGGAAUUUAUAUGAAACACUAGCAUGCGACGUCACAAUCAAAUUACCUACUCAUUAUAGCUUUAUACGGGUUUUAAAAUAGAAAUUGUGUCUAAAAACAACUGCUGUCUACGUUUCUCUAUUAAUCUUCCGGCGCUUUAUUUUAUGCAUGGUGUAAAAUAAUUUAUUUUAAAUACAGUCAAACACCCUAUUGACCUGUAAAUAGUUGUCUCUGUCACUCGCGCGCAAUUCAUAAACAUGCGUGAGUGCUACAGCAAUAUAACUGGUGACAACAGAGCUAUGUUUAUGGAGGUCAAUAUGCUAAAUUAUAUCUACUCGAUGGCGUUAUUUAAAAGAUUUAUCUGUAAACAAUUGUGCAGUUCAAUUAGAUUGACCUAAAUGCCUAAUCGCUUUGUCGGAGACAAAACACUACAGUUAAGGGACAAGUAAAUCGUCGGAUUGACAUUAGAAUGGCAUCUUUGUGCCGUAUCCUUUUUAGAAGGCCAGUAUUCGAAAUCAUCUUGGGUUUCACACUGAUGUUUGUCUGUUAUAUUUUGUAGAUUUCUGUCACCAUAAAUUGAUCCCUUUGUUGAUUUUACAUUAGUUUAAUUAACGAGAUCUUUAUUAGAAAAAACGUUUUCUUUUUGCAUGGCGACGCGGUGCGAAUGCUGUUUGCGAUUGUAUAUUUACGGACGUAUGUUAGAUCUCUUUCUAACUUAUUAUCUGCGUCCUUUACC